AUGGCUCCGGCACUGACCCCUUCAGGGCGGCCGCCGGACACCGGAACCUCAAACACAUCUCUGUUAGCGACGGAUGGGCCAACUACGACACACUCGACAUCGGAUUUGUCCCUAAUGGUGGUGGAAUCUAGUCCCCUGAAGGAAGAUUGCUCUGUUCCUGAUGUAGCCACUAAGCGACCAAUCUCGUACGCUCGGGCGCUGGCCGGGGGUGAGAAGCAAAGGGCGCUGGCUGUUCAACAGUGGACUCCUAUUGGGGAAAACGAUUUGGUCCCUGGGCAGAUCAAUGGAGAGCCGGCCUUGAAAAUCUCUGCUGGUUUCAAAGGUCGCUUAUGUGCUCCGUGGCAGAAAACACUAGUAGUGCGCCUACUGGGCCUUCGCAUCAGCUUCACCGCAUUUUGCUCACGACUUCGGGGACUCUGGCGACCUGCAGGGGCAAUGGAAAUUAUGGAUCUGGAUGACGCCACCUAUUUGGUUCAAUUAUCCAACGAGCAGGACUACUUCAAAGCCCUCACGGACGGACCUUGGGUGAUCUAUGAUCAUUAUCUCACGGUGCAACAAUGGACGCCAAGCUUUGGGAUACAAGAUCCACUGCCAAAAACCAUGAUCGUGUGGAUUCAGCUACCGGCCCUCAAGGUCCAUUUCUAUCAUCAAGAAGUUCUAACCUCCCUGGGGAACCUUAUUGGACGCACAAUUAAACUGGACUUUCACACGAUGAAUCGGCAGCGCAGGAAAUUCGCCCGCUUGGCGGUGGAGAUUGACAUGUCAAAAGCUUUGGUUCCUCGGAUCUACCUGGAUGAUCACUGGCAAAAAGUGGAGUACGAGAACCUCCCGAUUGUUUGUUUCGAGUGCGGGAAAGUGGGCCACAACGCCGACAGUUGCUCCAAACGCCGACCGACGACCCCAUCGGAGAAGGUUCUCCCCGCCGGCGAGCAGAGUUUGGUCACCUCAGGGACCGUUCCGGAGGAUGCGAAACUGGGAUUUGGGCCUUGGAUGCUCGUUUCCAAAAGAAGCCGCCGCAACUCCAGGGAUCACACCAAGAAAGGAAAGACAGAGACUGAUGUGGGGAACGGGUCGCAAGGGCAGAGUAAUAAAAACGGGAAAGGUGGGAUUAAAUCAAUAGAGAAGGAGAAGGAGAAUCUUGGGACGGUGGUUACGGCGCAAAAGCCUGUGACAAACCAAGGAUCAGCUAAUCAGGAAGGGAAAGGGAACCAGACUCGGAAAGGGGAUGCUGAUGCGUCGGUGGCGGCCAAAGUUAUUAGCAAAGGAAAGGAACCGAUGGCAGACCUAAGGGAGGAGGGCAAAGGGAUCUUGGGCUCGGGCCCAUCUAAAACUCGUAUCAGGGGCAAUGGUAUUAGGCCCUUUCUAGAAACCUACCACCCCUCCGCUUCGGGACAACCGGAUAGGCCCAGGAGUGUUGAUAACAUGCUUAGAGACCUAAGCCCAUCUCCGCCUGCGGGAUUGAUUUCCUCAGCGGGCCAAACUUCAAAUCCCUCUACUGCUAAUCUGGUCAGCUCUUUUAUCGGGCCGAAUGGAACCAGGAUGCAGAUUGUGGCGGUUCCUUCCUCCCCUAAACGAAACAAACUGGCGGAGGCAAGUUCUCCUUUGGCGGGCGAGCGGACGAAAAGCAAGAAGGGGGCUCGGCGGCAGGCAAAGAAAGGAACUCCGGUGAAGCUACAGGUGUCCAAGGCUCUGCAAGUCUGGACUCCGGUGAAAGAAAGGAAGAACAAAUCCAAGGCUCGGCUGGCGUCUCUCACUCUUGAGGAGAUAAACGCCUGGACCUGUGCUGCGGCAGAGAGGAACGAUCGGACGCCAGACCACGAAAAGGAGACGGCUGAGCCUCCCGAGCAGAGUACUCCGGCCGCGGACACGAGCGUGUCUGCCGUUCUCUAA